GAUUGUAUUCUGAAACCGUCGAUCGAGAGUAUGGCGCAACAUGGCCGCAAUGUGUGAAGCAGACAAGUCAUUAAAUUUCAACUCCGUGUAUUAUUUUUAAUUAAUUAGAAUUUGUCAGUUAGGGAUUAUAUAAAUUAUAAAUGCCCACUAAAGGAGAAUUACAACGUCCGGGUCAUUUAAGUCUACAAUUCUGCAAUCAAGAACCAUCUCAUAGUUGGACCGAUGAUCUACCUGUAUGUCCAUUUUCUGGAGUAGGUUACUCAACAAAUCAAGUUUAUCGCAGGGAUGGAACUCCAAGUGAAGAACAUGAAUUUGAAGACAAAAUUUUUCAUGUUCGAGCUGAUGAUGUGUAUUUCUAUGGUUUGUUUGACGGUCAUUGUGGAAAGAAAGCAGCACAUUUUGCAGCUCAAAGAAUGCCAGCAGAAAUCCUAUUAGGUCAACUUAAAGGAAAUGAGAACGAUAAAAGUAUAAAAGAAUUAUUACGAAAAGCAUUUUCAACUGUCGAGAAAGGAUUUUUUGAAUCAAUUGAUGAUCUUUUGGCAGAAAAAGCUAAUUUAGAAUUUCAGUUGCAGGAAGCAGGAAUGUAUGCAACGUACAGGAACCAACCAGAAAUUAUUGACUGUCUUAGAACAAUUUCUUCCGAAAUUUCAGGAGGAACUACUGCUGCUGUUGCUCUAAUUGUCAAAAAUAAGCUCUAUGUUGCAAAUGUUGGAAAUAGCAGAGCCGUUCUAUGUAAAAUAGAUCAGAGUAACUUAAUUCAUGUUCAGCAGUUAAGUGUCGAUCAUGAUAUUGAUAAUGAUGAUGAAUUACUUCGGUUAUUAGAGCUCGGAAUGGAUGUAGAGAAAAUACGCAAGCAAGGAAAAUUAGGCAAUCAAGAAAAUACACGAUGUAUUGGAAAUUAUAUGGUUAAAGGAGGAUAUAGAGAUUUCGAUUCAAUACUUCGAGAAUCAAGCCAAGAGCCUGUUAUAGCUGAACCGGAAAUGUGUGGAGGUAUUCAAAUAGAUGAUAGUUGUAGGUUUUUACUACUAAUGUCUAGUGGAUUAUAUAAAUCCUUAAAAGAAGCUACAGGUACAAAACAGGCAAAUCUUGAUAUAUGCAAAAUGGUUAUAGAACAGUUUUCCAUGCAUACAACAAUUACUGGAGUUGCUCAAGCUGUGGUGGAUAAAAUUGUAAGAAUUCAUCAUGACAUGUAUUUAAAUAGUCCCGAAUCAUUAACAGUAUGCCAAAAACGAGAUGACAUAACACUUAUAGUUAGGAACUUUAAUCAACCUUUACCAAGUUCUGCAACACCUUCUCAAACUUCAAGUUCAAUGACAAGUAGUGUAGAUGAAUUAAAAACAAUUAAACGAAUGGGUGGAAAUAUUAUUACCAGCAGGCCUGAUCCUGAACCUGAAAUAUAUAGUGAACUAAACACUGCUUCUAACACAGAACCACUCAUGAGUAAUCAGUCAGAGCAAGAAGAGGGACAGAUGUUAUUUCAGUCUCUUCGAAGUCACUCGUUACCUUUAAAUGAAAGAGGAAGGAUAAAUCCUUAUGUAGACUUUUCUAAUUUCUAUAAUGCGAUAGAAGAAGCAAAGAAACAAGGGAAAAAAGUGCCUGAAGGUUGUGAUACUUAAAGACAAAUGCAUUCUAUGAAUAUUUUAUGAAGUCAUUACAAAUCAAAAUGAAAUUCUCAGCCUUUGGUUAUUGAAUAAUUCAUCAGAAAUAGCAUAAAAUAUUUUUAUGCUUUUUUUCCCAUCAAAUAAAUUUUCAAUUCUGAGGUGUGAGACAUCCAAACAAUAGACUUUUGACAUGUGUAAUAUUUAGUGUAUGUAUAGAUGUUACAUACACUAAAUAUUACACAUGUCAAAAGUCUAAACUUAGUAUACAGAGUGGAAAUCU